AGCGCUUCCGGGUCAGGAGGGGCGUUUCCGGGGCCGAGGGAAGAUGGCGGCGACGAUGCGGAUCCAGAGCGACUGGAAUCAGGUGCUGAGGAGGAACGAAGGCGAAGCCUGGCUGAGCUGCAGGAGCCCAGGGAAAUCUACUUUGUAUGGCAGCCUGACAUGCCAGGGAGUAGGCUCAGAUGGAAUUCCAGAGAUCUCAGCCUCUGAAGGAUUUUUUGUAAAUGAAAUAACCAAGAAAAGCAUACUCGUUUCUUGCCCUCAUGAAAAUGUUUCCACAAAAUUUUUGGCGCCAUACACAAGCUUUUGCAGAAUUCAUCAAAAAAGCAUAAUCUGCAUUGAUAUUUCCAGUGGCGGGGGCCUUGGCGUAUCUUCCAGCACUGAUGGAACCAUGAAAAUCUGGCAGGCGGCUAAUGGAGAAAUAAGAAGACUGUUGGAAGGCCAUGUGUAUGAUGUGAAUUGUUGCAGGUUUUUCCCGUCGGGCCUUGUGGUUCUGAGUGGGGGAAUGGAUGCCCAGCUAAAGAUCUGGUCAGCAGAAGAUGCCAGCUGCGUAGUAACGUUUAAAGGUCACAAAGGAGGUAUCCUGGACACAGCCAUUGUGGAUCGGGGAAGAAAUGUCAUUUCCAGUUCUAGAGACGGCACUGCCCGCCUCUGGGAUUGUGGGAAAUCUGCUUGCCUAGGCGUUGUUGCAGAUUGUGGUUCUCCUGUGAAUGGCAUUGCUCUGGGUAUUGCUGACAAUACAAUAAAUCUGGGCUCACCUGAAAAUGCACCUAGUGAACGAGAAAUUGGGACAGAAGGGAAAAUCCUGCUGUUGGCUCGGGAAGACAAAAAGCUCCAAGGUGUGGGAUUACAGAGCAGGCAGCCGGUGUUUCUCUUUGUUGGAUCCGAUGCAUUUAACUGCUGUACCUUCCUCUCAAGCAUCUAUCUCCUAGCAGGGACUCAGGAUGGAAAUAUAUAUCAGCUGGAUGUGAGAAAUACAAAGGCUCCAGUUCAGAUCAUUCAUAGAUCAGGAGCACCAGUGCUUUGUCUGCUCCCUUAUAGAGAUGGAUUUAUCGCCAGCCAAGGUGAUGGAACCUGCUUUAUUAUUCAGCAAGAUCUUGAUCACGUAAUUGACCUCACAGAAGCAGACUGUGACCCUGUAUACAAGGUAGCUACAUGGGAGAAACAAAUCUAUACAUGCUGCAGAGAUGAGAUGGUGAGGAGAUACCAGCUUUCUGACCUCUGACCAUUUGUAGUGUGUGGAAAACAUGAACUAAGAAACAAGGUUAAAGUCUAGCUAGGUUAGAACCUAGGCCAUGUAGCACUUCCAAAUAAAAGCAAUGCUACCUUUCUAGGACUGUACAGUAUAUAUGAAGUGUGUAUAUAUAAGCUUUGAGAACACUGUUGUGAUAAAAUCUAAGAACAAGGCUGUACAUAGAAUUCUUGAUCUUGUGCUGCUUAUUACUACCAAAGUUUAGACCAUUCUCUUGCAUUAACAUUUAUAAGCUGCUUACUGGAAGACCCUUUAUGUCUGCAACAUAUGUACGGAACUGUUUUCAACAUUCAAUGAACAAUUUUGGUAUUUCUAACAAGUCUAUGAUCCGGGGGCCGGAGAGACGAGAUUAUGGAGGUGACCAUACUGCAGAAUUGAUUGAAAUAAAGGGAUUGACUUUUGAUCACUUCUUUUCUAGAGAAGUUUGUGCAUUUUCAAGACAGUUAAUUUAAAAGCAAAAUGGCUGUGUCCAUGUCACAUUCAACACCUCAUAACCUUUCUUGUGACUCUGUUCUACAAUAAAAAGUGUGAUUUUGUGAA